CUUGUACUUUGACAGAAUUACUUCCGGCACACAGUAUUUCACGCUGGGAUGUGUGAAGUCCUUGGAUGAUAUUCAAUCAAUAUGCGAUAAAUAGCUUCAGAUAAACUAAGUGAAAAGCUGCUUUAGCUGAGCAGACAGACUGUGACAAUCCGCCGGUGGAGCUUUCAGCUGUCUGAACAGACAUGUCGUCAUUAUGGAGCCUGAGACCAGUGCUGACGUCACUGCUUCAAGCGUCCCAGCAUGCCUCUGCCUGGACGGGACCCGUCCUCUCCAGGACAAUGGCCACCCUCAACCAGAUGCACCGCAAGGGGAAGCCCAAACCGCCUCCCAAAACUGUUGGCGCCACUUUCGGCCGCCCCCAGCUGAAGGCGGUGAUCCUGAAGACCAUGAUCCGAAAGCCCAAGAAGCCCAACUCUGCGAACAGGAAGUGCGCUCAGGUGCGGCUUUCUAACGGGAAGGAGGCGGUGGUGUUCAUCCCCGGCGAGGGACACAACCUGCAGGAGCACAACGUGGUGCUGGUGCAGGGCGGGCGGACGCAGGACCUGCCCGGCGUCAAACUCACCGUGGUCAGAGGGAAAUACGACUGCGCUCACGUGGUGAAGAAGAAACAGUAGAGGAAGUGAUGGACACUUGUGUGAUGAAAAUGUUUGUUUGUUAAUGUUUAAUAAAUACAUGUACUCUUAAUAACAUCUGGGUGACUGUCUCAAACUGAUCCACUACAUGGUCAGAAGUAUGUGGACAUGGAAAGAUGGUGGUUUUGGUUCAAAAAUGACAACAUAAACUGUUGGAUUUUGACAGGAUGUGAACUUUGGUUUCCCUCAUUAAAGUCAGAUGUGCUACACGCCAA